CUUUAGCUGAACCACUUACAGUCAGACCUCCCUCUUUUGGGUUGCCAGUUUUUCAGUGUUCAGCCAAGCUUAGGGGAAAGAUGGUUGCCACUUGCCUACAUCUCACUGGGUUUGUGUCUAGCUUUGUGGGUUGGAUUGCCUUGAUUGUGGCCACUUCCACAAACGAAUGGGUUGUGACUUGUGGAUACACCAUCACCACUUGCCGGAAGAUGGAUGAGCUGGGGUCCAAGGGACUUUGGGCCGACUGCGUCAUGGCAACCGGGCUGUAUCAUUGCAAGCCACUGGUGGACAUCCUCAUAUUACCAGGGUAUGUCCAGGCAUGUCGGGCACUGAUGAUUGCCGCCACAGUUUUGGGACUCCCCGCUGUUUUCCUCCUGGUGACUGUUUUGCCUUGCAUUCGGAUGGGCCAUGAACCUGGGGUGGCCAAGUAUCGGCGUUCUCAAUUGGGAGGAAUCCUUUUAAUCCUCUUGGCUCUGUGUGCCAUCGUGGCUACCAUUUGGUUCCCUGUGAGUGCUCACCGUGAAACCAUGAUUAUGAGCUUCGGAUAUUCCCUCUACACCGGCUGGAUUGGAUCGGCUCUUUGCCUCUUCGGUGGAUGCAUCAUUGCUUGUUGUUCAGGUGACGCUCAAACGUUUGGAGAGAACCGCUUCUACUAUGCUUCUGGAUCGAGCUCUCCCACCCACGCAAAGAGUGCCCACGUAUAAGAGCUCCUGAAACCCCCCAAGCCCCGGAGAAACAUUUUUUUUUUUUUGGGCACAGGUGGAAGGGUUUACAUUCAAUUUUUGGUCUUCCAUCUACUUCCACCUUCCAUCUUCUAAGCUGCAUCGGUUGUAGAAGAUAGAAAGAAAGAACCCGGUGUUUGUAAUGCGUUAAACACCCCAUUUCUCCAAAUAGAAAUAGCAAAUAAAGAUCAAGCUAGGUGCAGACACAGUCUUCUUUGGUCAGGCUUUUUCAUUCCUAAUUCUGUUGAAAUAUUAAGCCUCUUUUUCUUUUUCCUCCCUCUCUCCCUCCUACUAGGAACAGGAUUAACAAAUAUGUAUCUGAAUUGCCUGGAACUGAUUUUGCAGAAUGAGUUACCCAUUCCUUUUAUCUCACUCAAGGCCAUCUUAUCUGGCAGUGCUUAGCAAGAUAGGCGAAAGACAAGACGCCCCUAUGUUCCAACUACAACAAUGUUUUCUUUCCCCAAAGAUUAAGGGAUAUCUUUUUGUUUU